UGACCCAUCCAUGACAGAAGCCUGCCUGCCAUGUCUGCUGCCAUGGAUAUGUCAAAACAAAUAACUUUGGAAUUAUUCAUUUCUUGUUGAUUUAUUUUUAAUUUUACGGAAAUGUUAGGUAACUUAAAAGAAUUUAUAUCCGUUGUCCAAGAUGGUUUGGCAUCGAACAAUAAUUUGCGUCAAACGCUACAGGAAGUACAAAAAGUAACAAACAUAUUCAAAGAGAAACAAAGAGUCCCCGUAGAAAGCAAAGUUAAUUACGGAGCAGGAGGUGCCUUGUUAGAGAAAUAUCAGGAACAGUGGGCUGAGCUGCAUGGAAAUGCUGACGCCAACGCCAAGGCGGCUGAUGAAGUCGACAAACUGAUAUUAGAACUUCAUGAGGAGACCAAGAAGAAACUAAAAAGUGCUCAAGACUUGGCCCAAAGUUUGUCCCACUUACCUGGCUUGACCAUGUCUGUAGCGCAAUGUAUGGAUAGCAUUAAGAACUUGCAAAGUUCAAUCAAAGCUGUGGAGGAAGAGUUAGUGGAGUUUGAGGACAUUGUGGAGAGAAGUAAGAUGGAAAAUUGGAAGUUAGAUCACCAGUACCAUCUAACAUUGUAUAAGGAAAAAAAGAUGGUGGCAUUAGACAAUGUACGUAACAAACUGGCCAAAGAGAAUACAGAGCUGGGGGCAUGAGAGCGGGAAAAGAGGCAACUAGCAGAGCUGCAGGCGAGGAGAGAGAACAGUGCCAUAGCAUUCCAGCAGGAUGUGGCCAAGUAUCUGAUCAGCGGUAGCUUACCAGCAGGUCCUCAGCCUCCUCCAAAAGUGACAUUGGAACAAAUACAACUGGACAACGACAGUACUGACUUAGAAAAGUUCCUCGAUAGUUGAUAAAUAUGACUGAUAUGUUUAUGGGGAUAAUGGGUUUACUUUAAGAUAAAGCAGAGCUUAUAGAUAUUUAUGAUUAGUUCUAUAUUCUAUUUUAAUGUUAAUAUAAAAUAUGUUGUUGAAUUUUUA